AUGCCCGCAAAUAUCAUGCCCGCAAAGGCCGACAGUGCCCGCAGAGAGCCCGCCCGUAAGGCCCUCUCUCCGUACCGCGUCUUUUACCUAAAAUAAGGUGAAAUUUCGGAAUAACUCGGCUUAUUUGUCCGUCAAAGGAUAAUUACCGCUUUAUCAUGUCCAGAAGCCCUGAAGUUGCUAAUUACCACUUUUUCCUAUCAACUUUAGAAUCAAUUUUUUCCAAGUUUUUGAUAUCUGUCCGUGUUCAUACAUUAUGGGAAGAUGCCAUAAUGGGCAUAUUUCUGAAAUCCUUGCAAAUAUCCUCGACACCCCUGUAUCUUUGUAAAGCAAGUGUAUAUUAUGAAUUAUGCGAUCUUUACUUUUUUUCUUAAGUAGUUCUAUUACAAAGUAAUUUUUGGAUUUUUUCUGAAGAAUGCUCGAUUUUUGUGGUUUCGAUGGUGCUGAUUACAAAAAUCGCGUUCAUUUCUUCUGAAAAAUUUUGAAAAAAACUUUAAUAUAUAUAUAUACUUGUAGUAAUCCUCAAAUGAAUAUUGCUUUUUAACAGUGCUAAUUAAGAAAAACGCUAAAGGUCACAUAACAUACAUAUUUUUUAUAAAGAUACAAGGGUUUCGAGGAUAUUUGCAAGGAUUUCAGAAAUCUGCCCAUUAUGGCAUCUGCCCAUAAUGGAUUGGUCUUUUAUGGCGUCUGCCCAUAAUGGAUGGACAUGAACAAAUCUCACAAAAUUUGGAAAAAAUUGAUUCUAAGCUUGAUAAGAAGUGGUAAUUAGUAAAUUCAGGGCUUCUGGGCAUGCUAAAGCGGUUAAUUUUCUGUUGAAGGACAAAUGAGCCCAGUUAUUCCGAAAUUUCACCUUAUUUUAUGUAAACAAUCUGCAAACAUUUUUAUGUUUCUUCACUUUUUUUAGUAUUGAGGAGAAUUCUGUGGUAUUUAGAAGGUUUUUCUAUUACAAAGUCGUAUUUUACAACACUAUUUAAUCAUUAAUUAAAAAAAUUUUUAGCACAAAUGGGUAUGAGAAAAUGCUGGUCGCGAAAAUACUUUGCCGAACUCCCGGAUCAUCGAUGGGGAUGCGUUUUCUGCGGGCAUGCGUAUGUUUGUAGUACCACGAAAUUCAAGCAUCAUCUAAAAGUAGGCUAAAAAUGAGAUUUUUUGAUUUUUUCGACCAAAAAAUCUCAAAUUUCCAAUUAAAAUUAAUUUUUUCAGCGAUGCCACUUGAUGCCUCCGGAUGUUCGGCAGAUUGUUUAUAAACUCAUAGCAGAAAAGGAGCAGGCGAGUCUGUUCAACGCAAUCAAACGGCCAUACAGUGAAGCCCAUAGUGGAGAUGAGGAGAUAGAGUCAAAGUUUUCGAGGAAUGGAAGCUAUUUGGAUUCGAGGAAUGGAAGUUAUAUGGAUACGGCCUCGACGUCAGGGAUAAAUCAGUCGAUCAUGCAGUUGCUUGAUCAACAUAACAACGAAAAAUCGAACGACCCAGAGGAGGAGGGCGAUUUGGAAGGCAGCAAUGGGCAAAUUCCGACUCCCAUUAUUAGAAGCAGAGUGGAAAAUGAAAGAUUGGAUUAUUUGAUGAGGAUGGUAAGAAAAUUUAUUUGGAUACUAUAAAUUUCGAAAAUGAAGUAUCGCUUUAACAUUCAAAAAAAUUUUUUUUUAAAUAUAUUUUUUCCGUAUUUUACAAAAAAUUAUUUUUUUCUAUUCAGCAAAUUUUUUAUGUUGUUCAAAAAUCGCAGUACUGCAUUUUCGUCAUGCCAAAAUUUUCUAUCAUUUUGAUUCUCAAAUUGAAUGUGGUUCCCGCAACGACUUUUUUUAAAAGUCCAAUUUGACGAAAAUGACGUCAUUUUGAAAAAUUCUUUCAAACUAACAACCCUAGGUGGGAGGUCAGUCUGUCGGGGAAAUAAUGGGCAUAAUGUCGCAUCGAAAAUCGCAUCGCCGCCGAGAAGAUGAAUCGUGUCGCGUUAAAAUCAAAUUGCUUUUCAUUUCGCUAAUCGCGUCGCUGAAGUAAAAAGCAACUUGGUUUUGUCGCGACACAAUUCAUUUUCUAGACGGCGAAGCGAUUUUCGAUGCGACAUUGCGCUCAUUAUUUUCCCGACAGACUGAUCUCCUACCUAGGGCUGUUAAUUUGACAGAAUUUUUUAAAAUGACGUCAUUUUUGCCAAAUUGGAUUUAAAAAAAAUUGUUAUAAGAACCAUUCAAUUUGAGACUCAAGUGACAGAAAGAUUUGACAUGACGAAAAUGAUGGCAAUUUGAAACGUGACUGACGCGUCAAGUUGACGACUUAACAACUCUAUACCCUCCUUUCUGACCGAAAAUAACGUUCUUCUGAAGAGAGAGCGAGAAAAUUGCCUUUUGGAUAGAAACGAGAGGGAAGCAUUGAGGUAUUGAAUGCUUGUUUCCCUCUCUUUUCCUUCCAAUUGGGCAGCUUUCUCACUCUCUCUUCAAAAGAACGUUAUUUUCGGCCUGAGAGGGAGGUAUUUGGCGGUAUUCGAAAUGCUUCCUUCAUGCAAUGGGAAGCGCUUUUGAACAAUGGAUUUUGUCCAGCACUGCGGUCAUAACACAGUGGGGAACAUGAUCCAAUGGCAAAAAACGUACCAUUUUGCAUCCGGGAAGUAUCAAAAAUGCAGCAAAAUACCUCCGUCUCCAAGUGAUAAGACUCUAGCUUCAAAAGCGCACCCCUCUUUUUAUGGGGCGCGCUCUUAAAACAGAGUUUUUCUAAUUGGAAAGGGAGGUAUUUUGCUGCGUUUUUGAUACUUCCCGGAUGCGAAAUGGUACGUUUUUUGCCACUGGAUCAGGUCAGUUACUGUAUUAUGAUCACAGUGCUGGACAGGAUCCAUUAUUCAAAAUACCUUCCCAUUGUGUCAAGGAAGCAUUUCGAAUACCGCUAAAUACCUCCUUGGCUGAAAAUAGCGUUCUUCGGAGGGCGAUAAAGCUGUAACUCCAAAAAUUUCAGUUUGUGGUCUCGACCAAUUCCUCCCCCGAAGUCCUCGAAAACAAGUACCUCAAAGAGUUCGUCCAAACCCUCUGCCCUUCGUAUCAACUCCCCAGCCCGCAAGAAUUCCGCGAGCAUGUGGAAGAAGAGCGCAAUCACUUACUGAAUUACUGUCAAACCCACAUUUCAACUCCUCCAACCGAAAACCAAAUUGUUAACGAGAUUCACAACCCGAAUGAAAAUCAAACUCCAGAGCAGCAAUAA